CAUUCAUUUACGGGUGUGUCUAUUGUGAAAUUUCUAAAGAUCUUGCCUAAUCCUUUAUGCAAUAAAAUAUAUAGCUACUUAAUAUGAAACUAUGCCAACGAAAUCUCAUUCGAAGACUGCUCAACCUGGAAAAAUUGAUGUGAAUUUUUUUUUAUCUCUCAUCAAAAGAAAAUAUUACUCUAAAAAUGCCAACCCUGAAUCUUAAAAUUUUUAUUCCCGAUAAAAAUGCGACUAAAACCUAUCCGUUAGAUCAAUCUCUUCACGUUUAUCAGAUCUGCGACCACGUUAGGGAGAAAGAAAAUUUGAAGGAUCAUCAAGCUCAAGACUGGGGAAUCUUCUUAUCGGAUGAGGAUCCUAAGAAAGGAAUAUGGUUGGAAGAGGCGCGUUCAUUAGAAUACUAUCUACUCAGGGAUGGAGAUCAACUAGAAUACAAGAAAAAAAUACGACCUUUAAAGGUGAAAAUGAUGGACGAGAGUAUCAAAACGGUAUUGGUGGAUGAUAGUCAGGCAGUAUCCCAGCUAAUGGUCGUGAUUUGUGGCAGAAUUGGAAUCGCGAAUUAUGAAGAGUAUUCUCUCGUCCGCGAACCACUCGCAUCAGAAACCUCGGCCUACCACACAGGCACCUUGUCACGCGGAAGUGGAACCAAAGAACCCUUGUACAAUACAUUGCGAGGGCGCGUAAGUGGAGACGGCACGUUGAAUAGACCCGUUAAAGAUGGCGCUAAAGAUUCGAUGAGUAAAGACGAGCGCAAGAUGGAAUCCCUGAGAAGAAAGCUCCACACGGAUGAUGAGAUAAAUUGGGUAGAUAAUUGCAAAACCCUGCGCGAACAGGGUAUAGAAGAAUUCGAGAUUUUGCUACUCAGGCGCAAGUUUUUCUAUUCCGAUCAAAAUAUCGAUUCUCACGAUCCCGUGCAACUCAAUUUGCUCUACGUGCAGUGUCGAGACGCGAUAAUAAACGGGACUCAUCCUGUGACGCUUGAGCAAGCUUGUAAAUUUGCCGGAAUUCAGUGCCAAAUUCUUUAUGGGGAUCAUAAUCCUCUAAAACACAAAUCUGGAUUUUUGGAUCUUCAAGAGUUGAUAGUGAAAGAUUUUCGGAAGAUGAAAGGACUAGAGAAAAAGAUCUACGAGGAACAUAAAACCUUCUGCGGUUCUAACGAGAUCGACAGCAAAGUCAGUUACGUCAAAUUAGCGAGGGCACUUAAAACCUACGGAGUCACCUUUUUCUUGGUUAAGGAAAAAAUGAAGGGGAAAAAUAGGCUUAGACCUCGUUUACUUGGUAUUACGAAGGAUAGCGUUCUUAAAUUAGACGAGCAAACGAAAGAGAUGGUUCAAACAUGGCCACUCACCCGAGUGAAGCGUUGGGGUGCUACUCCUCAUUCAUUCACAUUAGAUUUUGGCGAUUACCAGGAUGGGUAUUACAGCGUUCAGACGGCUGAUGGCGAAAAAAUUAGCUCUCUCAUCGCAGGCUACAUUGACAUCAUCAUGAAGAAUAGGGGCAAUAAGAAGGGAGGAGGCUCUAAUAAAAAUGGAACAGCCCUGGAAAGUUGUGAAGUGGGCUAUAAUAUCCCAUAUCGAUACGACGGGGAUGAAUGGGCCAAUAUGCAAGAAUCCCUCACAAGGGGAGACGAAGAAUCAACCCUCAUAGAAGAAAUAGUGAGUCCUCACAGAGCCACAUAUAUCAAAUUCCCAUCUUCCUCCCCACUCACCGGCAAGUUAAAUUCAUCUACGAAAACGGCCCCUAGCGGCUCAACCUACAUCGACAAUGUACCUGGGCCGUAUAUUGGGAGUCGAUCUGGACGGGUUGUAUUCAACGGACCUGCUCACCCUACAGGUCGCACCCGAUUUCUAGCAGACCCGGCUCAUAAAGAGUGCCUCGAGAGAGGUAUUCUCAGGAUCGGAACCGCAUUAGAUAAGUUAAACAACCGCGAUAAUAGGGAUACAAAUGGCAAGAAAAAUCAGGGUGGCGAUAUGAAUGAAUUCAAGAUCGAAGGUGAACGUCGCCGACGAGUGAGAUUUGUCGAAGAUAAGAUAGCCCGGAUUACGGCCGGUUCUGCUCGAAUAAUGUCUCUAGUGGCGCUCCCAAGUUCUGAUACCCACGAAAUGGGAGUAGAGGGGGCUGGUCAGGAAGAAGAUUUUGCCCUUUCCCUUAGAGUGGCCGUGACAGACGUGGCUGAUAGUCUGGAAGGAUUGCUCAAAGAGAUUAACGUUAUCGAAUCUGAAACUAACGGAAUGGAUGAUGAAAAUAGAACCACGCUAUUAAACGCCGUAAAAGAAUUGGCAUUGGCUACUACAGGUUUGUUAGAAUGCCUUAGAAGCGACAACGACCUCUUAGCCAAUCAAGAAAACAAUUCGGACCAGCAUGAAAUGAACGAAAAUGGAGAGCACUCGGAUCCCGUGAGACUUCGAAUAGCCCUUAUAGCAUCACACUUGAAUCGCGUUGGUGAAUGCGGGGCACUCGUUCUUACAGCCCUAGGUGAUGAGCCCAAUAUGCACGAUGCCAGUUUGAAUCAGUCCAAUGAAAAUGGAAUCAGGGAACUGAUGGGUUGUGCUAAAGGAGUCGCGAAUGCUGCGGCACACUUAGUCCUUAGGGCCAAACAUAUAGCUAAUGAAGUAGGGUCAGAGGGGGAAACCAGAGAGAGGAUCGUCGGUGCCGCCACCCACUGCGCUCUCAAAACUUCCCAGCUCAUAACUUGUGUCAAAGUAAUGGCUCCUACCAUCCACAACGAAGUUUGCAAGACUCAAACUAUUCAAUCAGCUCAAGCGGUCACUCAAUCUGUCAAUCAUGUAUUGAUGAUAGCCCAGGAAUCGACAGAUAAUCAGAAACUACUGACGGACUUGAAUCAGGCAGCAUCUCAAGUCUUGUGUGCGUUGGAUCGCUUGAUCGAAAACGUCACUAAAGGUUUUGAGCCAGAGAGGGACGCGCGUAACACUAGCCCUCCCGAUAUCUCUGAUCUCAUGCUCGAACGCAAAGAAAUUCAAGCCUUCUCAAAUAUCCGGUCCGCGACCGAGAUUCUUUUGAAUUCGUUAAGUAAACAAAACACGGCAAACCGAACCGGGACAGACGAAGAUAACGCUAUCAACACUAAUCUCAUGAUCCAGCAGGCUAGGAUAGUGGCACAAGCUACUGCAGACCUUGUUUCGGCUAUAAAACUCGAAGCCCACAAAUUUGAUCAAGGGUCUCCUAGCGGGAAUGCCGAAGACGAAACGGAAAACAACAAGAGGAAAAAAUCCCUUUUUGAUUCGGCCAAACGCCUCGCCGAAGCUACCACCAAAUUGGUCGAAUGCGCCAAAUUUUUUUCCUCCAGCGAUCAAAAAAACGAUAUUUCGAAGGAAAUUCAAGCCGAAAAAUUUGCAGAAGCUGCCGUAAACCUUCGCUACGCUACCAAGAACGCCCUCGAUACCAUUUCCUCGAAUAGAAUCAUCAAAGAAUUUAGGAGCGCAGCUCGAAAGUCUAUUUCCUCGGCUAACGACGUAUUAAACGUGACAAAACAUUUGAUAGCUAGUGACAGUCUAGAUCUGGCUAAUAAUGUCGAUGCCAACAAAAAUUUGUAUGCCUACGAUUUUAUAUCUCAUUGCAAAUUGGUGGGAGACCGUCUUACCGAUCUAAUAAGGAGCGUAGAAGUUUGCGAUGUUUCUCACAACGGUAAACAUCCCGAGAAAAGUUGCUCACCGGACAGUAAUAAAUUUUCGCGCGUAAUUCAGACAUGCGAUGAAUGCCUAAUUCCAGCUCAGCAACUCCUUCAUCAAACCGAUAGAGUGGAAGAUAGCGGUUCUAUCCCGGGUCGAGUCAAUUAUUUUGUUAGAGAUUUAACAAAAUCAUUAUCUAGACUCAAGACUUGCUCCCAUAAAUGUUCCAGUCUCUCUGCAGAACUGACCGAUUGCCUUCUCUCGAAACUGAACAAUCCCCAAUCUCCCGAAAAUUCACGCCUAAUAUCGUUAGCCCGUUUAUUUGAUAUUAAUCUGGAUAAAUCACCUAAAAAUGGCGCCGUCGUAGAAAUCAUAAAUAGAAAACAAUUGGAGCAGGCGUCACGUGCAAUAGUAGAGGCUUCUUCCGUUAUCCGAUCCCAUUACGACAAAUGUAGAGAUGGUCGCAUGACUCCCGACCAACAGCAAAUUUUGACUGCCGCUACCAUAAUAGCCAAACAUACCUCAUCUUUAUGCAAUUGCUGCCGCGUAGCAUCAUCCAAAACAAUGGAUCCUCAGCAUAAGCGAUUCUUUGUAGAAUCCGCUAAGAAUGUUGCAAAUUCCACCAGGGAUAUGGUCACCAGAAUCAAAGGACUUCAAGCUGGGACCAGUCAGCGCUCAUCCGGAGUCGAGGAUAUAUUUUCUGUCAUAACCUCCCUGAACGAAUCCGUCGAUAACUUGAUCCGAUUUGCGGCCCGUAUUAAUUGUAGUCCCGGACCGGAUGGAGGAUACCGACCAGAAAGUGAAUCAGGUUUUCCGGAUCCUAGCUCAUUUGCUCUAACUUACGAAACGGGCAAAGCAUGUCAAGAGCCAUUUUUGGAAGCUUGCAGAAGCGUUUGCGAUGCCCCUGUCAAUUAUUUAGCCGCGAGGGAUCUGGGAAAUAGUAACAACGAUAUUCAUCAUUCGAUUUCGUCGCAUGAGGCCACAUUUAACGACUCAGCUAAAUACACCUCCAAUCUUGCCACUGAAAUGGCACCAGGUAUCAAAGGUUGCAAAAAGUUUAUUCAUUCAUUAGAUGCCGUCCUCAGUGAAUUGGAAGACGGUACCAUCAAGGACGGGUCCACUUUGUCCCAGCCUCUGUUACCAAACAAUCCUCAAGGAAUGAACCAAAAUUUGAAUGAAUGCUUGGAAAGAUUAGUGAAUCAUUUGGAUCACACCGUUCAAAAUGCCCAAAACUGCAAAUUCGAACUCAUCGAAUAUCAGCUACAUCUAACAACUUUGGAUAUUCGGCACCUAGCUAAAAUUUGUCAAUCACUCGAUAGUUCAGGCAGGCCUCUUUACCUUACUCGAACUUUGAAAGCAGUUAUAACGGGGCAAUUAAAACCGUUUGCUUUUUCGUUGCUAGCCUAUAGCUAUUCUUCCGCCAAACCCGAUCGGAGCACUUUUUUAAAUAGACUAAAUCGUAAUUACGUUAUGAUCAAAAAUCGAUUGGCUACUAGUUUUAACGAUGAUAGAACAGGGGGAGAUGAAAAUGCGGAUGACAUAUCUUUAGGUCUGAGGAAAAUCCUCGAAGACGUGGACUCUGACAAUUAUCCUAACAAUUUCAAGGAAAAUGGCGCCCUUGCUCGUGAUAUUUUCUUGAAACAUAGGGACACCAUAAUUCAAACAGCCCGUAAAUUGGUUGAAGACUCUAAGAUGCUUGUUAGUAGUUGUACCACGACAUCUCAAAAUAGUUCUCCGAGAAUGGGAAUCAAUAAUUUAGAUCCAAAUUCCUCCAUCCGCGAUUCUAACGCUGAUACUACUUGGCAAUUGGAAGAUCAUUUGGGGGCUUCGGCCUCUUCAGCUGUUAGAACAUUAGCACAAUUAAGUCAAAGGAUAAAGAUGGUGGCUCACGAAUUGUACAGCACCGAAGAGGACGGGAUAAAUCCUGUAACAGAACGGGGAAAGAUUAACCGGGAAAUUCAAUCCCUACUGAUAAACUCUAUCAAAGAUAUCGCCACAUCCUUGGGGGAUUUGAUUCAGGCUUCCAAGCAAGCCACUAACAAACACAUAUCCGACCCGGCUAUGAUUUAUCUCAAACAAUCGGCUAAGGUAAUGGUGAGUAAUGUAACGGGUCUAUUGAAGACUUUAAAAAAUAUCGAAGACUCUACUCUUAGAGAAGUAUCCGCACUGGAAAACACCAUCGAGUCUAUUGGCCAAGAAUUGAGGCUUUUCGAAUGUUAUCACGACCCUGUCAUGCCAAUCUCACCAGAGAUCCUUAUAGAUUCCUGCAAUAAGAUGGCAGCUGAUCUUAGAAUCAUCACAUCCGGUUUCCGGAACGGAGAGGAUAGCGUUUCCGAUUGCUGCGAAAUCAGCCGGAGAAACAUAGCCGAUUUCCUGAGGGCGUGCAAGGGUGUGGCUUGCCAUUAUAUGUCAGAACACUCUGAGAGUAAAACAAAGCUUCUGGAUUUCGGCAAAGAAAUAGGACUCAAAUACAAGCAUUUUUUACAAAUUUCCCUCCAGAUAUUGAUGCAAAACGCCGAUUUUCAUCAUCGUGGAUUUGACGGAUCGCCACCUUGUUCUACGUCCCAGCUCGAUUUAGCGGAAGAAGACCUAGCAGAUGCUUUAGAUCGAAUCUCGAGAUUUCUGCGUUUCGUUCUUCCACGGGGGGUAUAUUCUCCUGAUACGACUGAAAGGGAAUUAUUACGUGCAGCGGUUUCUAUAGAAACUGCCGCUAGGGAAAUCGCCCCGCUCCCUUCUUCCGCUUCCAUCGUUUCCCCCAUUUGCAACAAUAAUGGCUAUUACGAGGACCUGGACACAUUAGAAUAUAAGUUAUCGGAUCAGGAUGAUCUUAAUAAACGACCUUUCGAUGAACGGAUAGUAAGUGCCGCGCAAGCUAUCGCCAACGCCGCAGCUUCUCUUAUCAGAGCCUCCUGCGCGGCUCAAAAGGAACUCGUCAGACUGGGUAAGCUAAGUCCAAAUACUUUACCGCCAUCUACAAAUGCUUUCUACGUCGUGCAUGCCAAUGAUAAAGAUACUGGAGGUGGAGAAGGCCAAUGGUCUUAUGGAUUGAUAUCCGCCGCUAAAUUAGUGGUAGCGGCAACUCAUAGCCUGUGUCAAGCGGCUGAUGUCUUGGUCAAGAACCCUUCUAAUACCGACUUCAAUCUAAAUGCGGAAGGUAUGGAGAGACUCAUAACUUCUGCAAAGCAGGUGGCCAGUGGAACGGCUCAACUGCUCUUGGCUUGCAGAGUCAAGGCUGGAAUUUAUAAUCCCGUGACGGAAAGAUUGGAUAAAGCCGGAAAUGCUAUCAAGCGUGCCACCGAAAGGCUCAUCCAAUGUGCCGCCGAUAUUAUGAUUAGUACUUCAAACAGUUCUUUCGAUUUAAAUACUGGCAGUUUUUACGAAGAAGGCGACAGCAGGAUAAGAUAUUUAUCGCUGGACAAAAGGAUGGUAGGAUCACUAGCACAGGAGAUGGAAGCUCAACAAGAAAUCUUGAGAAAGGAGAGGGAACUUGAGGAAGCCCGAAUUAAACUAGGAAUCAUUAGGAAGGCCAAGUACAAAGACAAAAACCCCACCUUUACUCCCGAACCCGACAUAUACGAAAUCUCUAACAAUAAUAACGUCGACAACAAUUUUCAGGCCAACACUGAUUAUUCGUUCACUUCUGAUUUUUAACAAUUUUUAUAUUUUAUCCUUAUAACAUUAUUAGAUGAUGUUCUAUUAUUUUAUUACAACGGUAAAGUUGAUAUGCCUCUUUUUAAAAAAUUGUUUUAAUAUUACAAGUAUUUUUUAAACAACAUGGUUCCUCAUAUUUCUUUUAAAAUUUUUUUAUAUAAAUAAUGAUUGUUUAUAUUUCGUAAUUUUUUAUAAAAAUCGUAUUUAAAAUUUAGGAAGCAGGUAAAGGUAAUUAGGUUAGAUAGAUUACCGAUUUAAAACAAUUAAAAUUAUUUAUAAUUUAUUUAUUUUUUGAAGAUGGUUAUUAAAAUAAUUAAUCUUUUAAUUUAUUUAUAAUUUUAUUUUUAAAUAUAUUAUCCUCCUGAAUCAUGAAGAAUUUUUGUAUUCAUUUUAAUAUUUUGUAAAUUAUAAUUAUUAUAUAAAACUUAUUAUUUUA